AUGAAAAAAUCAAGGUGGUUAGUGGUUAUAGUUGUCUUGCUCGUCCUCUUCUGCGGUGUUGUAUUCUCUGAUCAGAUCAUUCCAGCUCAUACAGAUUCAGUGGGAGCUCAGACAGAUGAGAUCGAGCGUACAGAAGAAGAGACAGAACCAGAAUCGGAGGAACCAGAAAAAGAAAGAGUUGAGUCGAGAGAGAAAGAGUGUUGUCUUGUUGUAAAGACGUUACAUACAGGUGAGAAAGGGCAGUUACCUUGCAACCAUGAUGUCAACAAGUUCUUGUGUAUGCACACGAUAAUCUUCACGAAUAUAUGGAAGACACACCCUCUGAAUUUCAGAGCAAAUCGAUGA